ACCCGAGCAAGACCCUCCUCCUGAAAAAGCACUGCCGGGACCGCGGAAGGUCGCUGUCCCGACGCCUGGCCGGGCGGAGGGGCGCGGAAUGCUGGCCUGCUCCCGCCCCGCCGGGCGGACACCGCGUCUCGGGGCGGCACCGCCCGCCGCUCCACCGGCCCGGACCCGCACCCGACCCCGCCCGGCCGCCCGGGAGGCCCCUCCUUCGCGGAGCUCGCUGCCGUGUACGGGGCUCGGAAGAUGGAGGACUACGGGCGGUUCUUGGCGCUGCUAGUCUCGGCGCUGCUGGUCGGCUUCGUGUCCGUCAUCUUCUCCCUAGUCUGGGUCUUCCACUACCGCGAAGGGCUGAGCUGGGACGGCAGCGUGAGGGAGUUCAACUGGCACCCCGUCCUCAUCAUCACGGGCUUCGUCUUCAUCCAGGGCAUCGCUAUUAUUGUGUACAGGUUGCCCUGGACCUGGAAGUGCAGCAAAGUCCUAAUGAAGUUCAUACAUGCUGGAUUAAAUACCAUAGCUAUGAUUCUAGCAAUUGUUUCUAUGGUAGCCGUGUUUGAAUACCACAAUGCCGGUAACAUUCCUAACAUGUACAGUCUGCACAGCUGGAUCGGGCUGACUGCUGUUAUAUUUUAUUCUGUCCAGCUUUUCUUGGGUUUCGCUGUCUUUCUGCUCCCUUUUGCUCCAGUUUCCCUCCGAACAGCAGUUAUGCCAAUACAUGUUUAUUCGGGUCUUACCAUCUUUGCAACAGUGAUUGCAACAGCUCUCAUGGGAAUCACAGAAAAGCUUAUAUUUUCCUUGCGCAGUAAUCCUGCAUACAGUGAAUCCCCACCAGAGGCAACUUUGGUCAAUUGUCUUGGUGUUUUGCUUGUCAUAUUUGGUAUCUUUAUUUUGUGGAUGGCAAGCAGGCCCUAUUGGAAGCGCCCUCCAGAAGAGAAUGCUAAAGCUCUGCUGACUCCUGGAGGGACUCCUGAAGGCACAGAAGCAGAAUCCACGAUGACAGAUGGUGGCAAUGCAGAUAAAUCUGAUCUGAGGAUCAACAGUGAAGCAGCCAGAAAACAAAACCUCAAACUUGAUGAAGCAGGACAACGAUCAACUAUGUAAAGACAAUACAUAGAAUAACAGUAUGAUUAUACUGCCAGACCGCCUCUCCCUCACCACAUUGUUCCUUAUGACUUAGUUAUAUUGAUAUAUAAAUAGGUUGGGGUUUUAUUUGCUGUACAGCUUGCUCAAAGAUAGUCAAGUUUUCUGUAUAUGAUUUAAAUUCCAGUAAGUCUCAAACAUAUUAUAUAGGCUCAUGCUCAGUCCUCAUUUUAAAAAAGUGAGUGUGAAUGCUAUAAUGGGAGAAUCACAUAACUGGAAAAUGUUCUCCGUAUUAACAAGAUUGAGACUAAAUUUUGUUCUGAGUGAUUUUGUAGGUUAUGUAUCAGAGUCAUGAAGUAUAUCCGACAGCAGAAUCUAGUUGCUCACACAUAAUUUUUCUGGUAAUUUUCAUGUUUUGAAAGCCCUGAUUUCUUGAGUUGAUUAACCCCCUUCACCGAUUUCUAAGAUUUGAGGUAAUUAAUCAUGUAGCAGAGUGGCACCGUAAAAAUGUUUUGUCUUAUUUGAAAAGAUACGGAUACACACUUAGAAAAAUAUGUAUCACUUAAACCAAGUCUUCCUUUUAUCCCAGAUGGCAGCAUUUUCCUAUAUUUGAUUGCACAGUUCUCUGGAUUUAUGGCACUAGACUAGAAAUCAGGAGCAGAGAAGAAAGCACAGAAGACUGCUAGCAGUCUCACAGAAGAAAGGAUCUUGAAGUGAGAAAUGCUUCUUAUAGGAAACUGCUGAGCUUUGCUGAUUUGAUUAAAAUGGAACCUGUUAACUAAAAGCCAAUUUUUAUAUCUCCAGACUGGUGUCAAAAUCAUCACUGUUAUGGGCAUGAAGACAUACUUUAGUCUACAAGCAAACUAUAUAAACUCUUAUGACUUUUUAAUUUGAAAUUAAAUUGUUAAAUAAUGCAAUUGAGCCUCUACUGGCACUUUAUUUUUACAGCUCUUCCUAGUAAUCGGAGUAUUAAUGUAUUACAUUCAUUCAUUAUUUUCACAGAUAUAAACAGUGUUUGUAUUUUUUACUACUACAGAAGAAUAAUUAUAAUAGAUUAUUUUGAUUGCACGUGCCCAAGAGGAGGAGCCUUUAUAUUAUAAUCUCUUGUAAAAACUGCAGAGCCUACUGCAAGUCCAAAUUUACCAUUGUUCAUGUUGCAAUCUAGACGGUUUCAGACAGCAUAUAAUUUCCUAUUUUUUUUUAACUGCGUAAUUUUUUAUCUACUUCAGCUUCUUAAAAUGUUUAAACACAUUCAACUUUAGAAAAUAUGUUAUUUUUGUAGUUCAUUAUUGUAUUAGGACAAUUCUGGUUAGGAGUUCUUUUGAAUCUUCUCUAACAAAAACCAUCUGUUAUUUGAUUUGUAAUAAUAUUUAAUCAUUUGGUGAAUGCAGUAUAGAAAGCUAGCAUAGUGAAUUACUUGGAAAACUUUUCUGCAGUACCAUUUGGUACUCGAGGACUACAUCCCAGGGUUCUGUGUUUUCACUUACAUAUGUUUGUGGAUGGCUGGGACCCACCUAGCAUUAGUGAAUUGUUUCAUUUAAGAAAAUGUAUGCUUUUAAAUGCCUUAGUGUAAAAUUCAGAUAUGACAGGAGGAACUACUAUGUGAGCACAAAUAAUACAAAACUACUCCUACUACCACUAAUAAUACUACUAAUGAUAAGGGAAAUAACAAGGGGAGAGAAUAUAAAACUAAAGGGGAAAAGGGAAAAAAAAUCAAUAAAUGUAAGUGAUGCACAAUACAACUGCUCAUCACCUGCUGACCAAUACCCAGUCCUGCCCGAGUGGUGAUCCAGUCCUUCCGGGUAACUCUUACCAGUUUACAUACUGGGCAAGAUGUGCUGUAGUAUGGAAUACCCCUUUGGCUAGUUUGGGUCAGUGUUCUGUCUCUGCUGCUUCCCAGCUUCUUGUGCCCCUCCUCACUGGCAGAGUGUCAGACUGAAAAGUCCUUGAUCUCGGUAGGCAUUACUUAGCAACAGCUAAAACAUAGGUGUGUUAUUGGCAUUGUUCUUGGACUAAAGCUGAAACACAGCACUGUACCAGCUACUAGGAAGGAAAAAAAAACACCUUACAGUUGAAACCAGGACAAGCAUAAAAUCCAAAUAGUACUGAUAGCAGCUUUCUUAAAGAAAAACAAGAGCACUUAUUUUACAUUACGUUAGUGCUCAACUGACAAGACCUGAUUACAUUAUGCAUAAUGUUAUGCAUCCUAUUACAGGUUUAUAUAUUGAACACUAAGUAGGAAGAGGGAUUUGCAGUAGUUUCUGGAGAACACUAAACUGCGCUGUUGUCUUCUGAUCUCAUUAUGUUUUGCUCAACAAGCCUGCUUUUUGAUUAAUUCAGUAAGCAUCUUACAGCUGGUGGAUGUAUGUUUAGUCUUCGUGAAAGGUGCUCUGUUGAUACUUUUGAAGUAUAACAGAUUAAAUGAAUAAAUGAACUCAGCUGUGCUAGUAAUUUACUAUGCUAGCUUUCUUUACACACACAGGCAACAGCAUUCUAAGUUGGUAUGUACUGGCCUGUUACCGUGUCUCGUCCACUUGUGAAAAUGAGCUCUUUCAAUCCUUGCCUAGUACCCAGUGUUUGGAAGGCAGUCACUUAUGUAAGAACUGUUCUGGAAGAAACUGUCUCGUAUAUCGGGAAAAAAAAAUCACAAAAUCUGUGAUUCCUUUUGUUAUGACACUGACUUGGAUGUAUUGAAAUCAACAGCUUUUAGGUGAAUGGUUCUAUAUGCUGUUAAAGUUAAGCUACAGCAAACAGUAUGUCUUCUGGUUUGCGUUUUAUUCCAUGUACUGUUUAAGGGUAAUGAUACUUGAGAAAGAAUGGUGGCAUUUCUUCAUCCUUCUAUUCUGAUGAUACAAAACUAACUGAAAAUCAAGACUAGGCAACCUUUUGAGAAUACUCUACCAGAGUAUAUUUUUGGUUUUCAACUGUGAGGUUAAACGUGAUAGUAGAAACUCAGUGGGAACUGGAAUAUUCUGUUCUGGGAAAUUAUCAUCAUCAGUGGUAUCUCCUAUGUAUGAACUGUGGGCUUCUAGCUGCUUUGGUCUUUGGAAGGUCCCUAUGAGACACAGUAGCUGUGAGCUCCUAAAGCUUGCUCAGCUUUGGAGUGUACAAUUUAAAACAGACUCAAUGUGCUAUAGAUUUUUGGCUUCUGCUCUGAACUGAUUAAGAAGGUCUUUAAGUAUCCUUGCAACAUAUGAGGUUAGUGCAAGUGCUAAAUAAAAAUACAUAGGACUUUGGAGAUCAAUUUUCAUGAGGGGAAAAAAACAUAUUCCCAAGCUGCUUCUCAGAGUGACCUUCCAUUAACUUUCAUGCAACUUUCCUUACAUGUAUUAUGGGUAAUAGUAGCCACACAGGAAAUAAAAAAGUGUAUUUUGGAAGAUAUAAAUGGAAGGUAUAACUCUAGCUUUUUUUAUCAGGAUUUUUCUGCAUGUUUGGAAAUCUUCUACAUUAGUGUAUUUACAGGGAUAUGAUUGUAGAGCUCACAUUCCAAGUUUGGAUUCCUCAUAAAACAUAUGAAGUUACAAAACCUGACAUUAAAAGUGCUAUCUUUUUAAGAUGCCUGAAAAAAAAAAAAAAAGAAAUGAAAUUAGAUGCUGCCAUGCAGUUCUGUGCACAGCAGCAGAAGUGUGUCCUCCAACAUUAAUGAAACUGAGAAAUGAUGGUCCAAACUAGGUUUUAAAGUUGAAUGUAGAGUAAUUACGCUUCUUACUUCAUGUAACCAAGAUUGCAUAUGAUAUUGAAAAUACAAUAUUGUAAAUAUGGAUUACUUAUUUACAUGGAUAUUUUACUGAAAGACUAAGAGUUAUUGCCAAAAUUUUCUAUUUCAGAACUCUUUUUCUUCUAUUUCAAAAAAAAAUCCCUCCUCUUUCUAACUGUUCACAAGAACCCAAAGAAUUAUUUGAUUGUUUUGUUACUAGUUACUUGUAGAUAAAAGCAAAUGUUUAAUUACAGUGUCUGUUUUCCUUAUUCUUUUUGUAUGUUAAUAAAAAUGAUUUUUCAAGCUUA